AUGCCUUUCUCCGCCCGCCGGGAGGGCUGCCAGGACAUCGCCACGCAGCUCAUCUCCAACAUGGACAUUGACGUGUGGAAUUGCAAUGAGCUCAUGCAGGCUUCCCUGGACCCGUCUGUGACCCACCUCAUGGGUCUCUUUGAGCCCGGAGACAUGAAAUAUGAGAUCCACCGAGACUCCACACGAGACCCCUCCCUGAUGGAGAUGACGGAGGCCACCCUAGGCCUGCUGAGCGGCUGCAUCAACCAUGGUCAUCAUGAAAGCAGGGCUUACCGGGCACUGACUGAGACGAUCAUGUUCGACAACACCAUUGAGAGGGCGGGCCAACUCACCAGCGAGGACGACACGCUGACCCUCGUCACCGCUUACCACUCCCACAUCUUCUCCUUUGGUGGCUAUCCCCUGCGAGGGAGCUCCAUCUACGAGCUGGCCCCCGGCGAGGCCCGGGACGGGAAGGCCUACACAGAUCUCCUACAUGGAAACGGUCCCGGCUAUAUGCUCAAAGACGGUGCCUGGACAGAUGUUACCAAGAGCCAGACUGAGAGCCCUGAGUACCGGCAGCAGUCAGCAGUGCCCCUGGACGAAGAGAUCUCUGCAGGCGAGGACCUGGCUGUCUUUGCUUAUGGCCCACAGGCGCACCUGGUGCAUGGUGUGCAGGAGCAGAGCUUCACAGCGCACGUCAUGGCCUUCGAAGCCUACCUGGAGCCCUACACGGGCUGCCCCAUGUGCCCCCCCACCAGCACCACCAAUGCCUCGCACAAGGGUCCCAUGGUCCCUGAGUGGUUACCUCUGCUGGCUGGGAUCCUGCUACUGCUGGGGGUGGCCGCUGCUCCCUGACUGCCCUGUC